UGUUUGGUCUUUCCCAGCGAUUUCAAGAGCGUCGAGCUGGAUGUGCGUAUUUGAUAAAUGGGACAUCUCGAAGGCAGGGCGCGUUGUCUGAUUCAGAAUCAAUAGCCCGAUUGAGUUAUUUGCAGACUAUUCCCCCUGUCACAGGCGUGGCUGUUUUUGCCUGGACUGGGAACAUACUGUGCAGCCUUUAUAUUCCCAGAAGCCCGAAGGUUUGGGAAAGAAAACGAGGAGUGGUCCGCAGAAGUUUGCCCACAUCACUUUUAUCCUAUUGGCGACGUGGAGUUGCGCUUUACGAGGAUGGUUUGGGGAUAGUCUUAUGGAGGCUGCGCUGGAUUUGGGAGCGGUUCUCGGAAGGAUAAAGGUGUGAGACACAGUUGAAAAACUUUCCCUCGUUUCUUGAAGAACAAGGCGGUGACCGAUCGGGAUUGGUGUAAGACGAUCUUUACGCGCGGUCUACGCAGACUGAUCAGGAAAGUCCAAGAUGCGCCUGUUGAGCGCGACAUGCGGACGCAACAGCGGAGAAAGCCGAGGGAGCGCGCACGGGUCCGGUAUGAUGUCUUUACUCUUCUUCCUCGCUGCGGUGCUGUCCUGUCACGGCUGUCCGGAGAAGUGCUUGUGCUCCUCGCAGACCGUGAAAUGCCAAAACCAAGGCUUUGGUGCGAUACCGGAUUCUUUACCGAACAACACCAGAAUCCUCUUUGUUACGGGGAACAACAUUCCUCGCAUCAGCUCCGACUCUUUCCCAGUCCAGCUGGAACAGUUAACAGAACUGUAUCUCAGUGGAAACGAGCUAGAGUCCGUGGAUGCAAUGGUAUUUCACAACUUGCCAAACCUUGUGCGUCUGGACUUAAGCAACAACAGUAUCCUGAAUCUCAGUAAACGAGCUCUUCCUGAUGAUAACAAACUGCAGAUUUUAAAUCUCAGCCGCUCUUUCCACAAUCAUUCCAGGUUGGAUGGGCUCCUGAGCGUCUUACAGAGCAAAAAACUCCUCCAGCUCACAAGCUUAGACCUGUCCAACAAUGAUCUUGUGAUCCUUCCAGACCACCCAUUCAUAAACCUCCCCAACCUCGUCAACCUGACCCUGCAGAACAGCUCCAUCAUCUCCGUUUCCAACGACACGCUGAAUGUGCCUGCCCUGCGUGACCUCGACCUGAGGGACAACAGCCUGAGGAGCCUGCCCUACUCCACGCUUGCAGAGUUCAGCCUCAAUCCCGGCCUCCGCAUCCGGCUGGGGGGGAACCCCUGGCGCUGCAACUGCCUCAUGGACGACAUGCUGCUGUGGCUGAAGAACUUCACCCAUGUGGUCGACAAGCAGAAUCUGACGUGCGCUGAGCCCCCGGCCCUGAAACACCGGCCGCUGCUGCAGGUAGAGCUCGCGCAGCUGAAGUGCUCGGGCAACUUGGAGAGCGUGCUGGAGACCUCGUAUGUGUUCCUGGGCCUGGUGCUGGCGCUGAUCGGAGUCAUAUUUCUGCUAGUGCUGUACCUGAACCGAAAAGGCAUCAAAAGGUGGAUGUACAACAUCCGGGAUGCUUGUAGGGACCACAUGGAGGGGUAUCAUUACAGGUAUGAGAUAAACUCAGACCCACGCUUGGCCAACCUGAGCAUCAACUCCGAUGUGUAAGCCAGGACGGGACACUGUCUGGGACCUUACAGUGUGAUUACUAAAUGACAUAUGCUAUUGAGAUUUGCAUGACAGUCUUCCUCCCCCUGACCCUUCUUCCUCCAUGAUGCCGAUCAGACCGGCUCCAGUUUGACCCCUCUCACGAUGUCCGUUCACCCACUGCUGCAUGGCCUGUACCAGUACCUGGCAGCUGCGUAUAUUCCCUGUAAGAUUGCAUGGACAAAGAGUAACGGGUAAAGUUUUUCUUUUUGGACAGAUGCAAAGAGUGAUGUGUUCUAUUUCUACUUUUCCUCGAGGAUAAACCGAUGGAGUGAACUGCCUUUUUUAAUAGAAGCUGGUUAAGACUCGUACUGCUGGUCAUCGUCAUUAUGCCUCUGCUGCAGAGAACUACUGUACUGCUUAUUUAUGAUUUUAUUUUAAAUCUGUGAAUUAGUGAUAUGCGGUAUACAUCUUCUUGAAUGAAUAUAGUACACAAUGCAUAGUUAUUUUUUGAGAUUUCCAGGUGGAUGUGAUUCUUAUUUCUGUGGAGAUAUUCAGCUAAAUAAAUGCCUCUGGAUCGCUGGUA